AAUGUUGAUAAUAAAAUGCAGAGCCUCGAAUUUUUGAACCCAAGCUCUCUCGGUACCUGGAUACCUCCCUGCAUCUCUUUCGCCUUGCCUCAUGGCUCUUCUCACUUUCCCUCACUUUUCUUCCCAUUUUUCUUUACUUUCUUCCCAUUUUCCCUCACUUUCUUUUUCCUUCCCAAACACUCGCUCCUUCUCUUCAACUCGGCGCUACUGUUCGAUGAAGGCAACUGGAACGGCCAUUCUGUGGUUCAAGCACGAUCUUCGAACCGACGAUCACCCUGCGCUCCUCGCAGCCUCCGCAUUUCCAUCACUCGUUCCUAUUUACGUCUUCGAUCACCGCAUUCUUUCGCGUUUUUCCGAUGAGACGCUGGAACUGGUUCUGCUUGCCGUGGAAGAUUUGAGGAAGUCGUUGAAGGAUCGCGGUUCCGAUUUGGUGAUCAGAUUCGGCAAUGCGGAAAACGUCAUUCAGCAACUUGCAACAGAGGACGGAACAGGUCAAAGCCACUUGUGUAUUUGCGGAACAAGAGGUGGAGUAUGAGCUACGUUUCAUCAUAGAUGUGGUCAAGCAGCGUUUGAAAUCCGUCAGUGUUCCACAAGGGAGUCCAAGGAUUGAAUUAUGGCGAACUCCAUUUUAUGAUAUAAAGGAUCUGGAAAAUCUUCCUGCAUCAUAUGAUGAGUUUAAGAAACUUCGACUCUCUGUGACUACACCACUUCAGUUGUCAGUGUCAAAGUUACCUGGUGCAGAAAUAGAACUGGACUGGGGUGUUCUUCCUUCGUAUGACGACAUAAAGGGAUUUUUGACUAGCAACCAACAGAAAUCAGGAGAGAAAUGGAGUUUAAUGAAGGAGACAUCAGCUGAAACCAUUUUACGCAGAAAAGUAUUGAAAUCUGGCAAUAACAUUGAAAGGAGUUCUAGGUUUGGGCUAACGCAAUCAAGGGAACGCAAUGGAUCUGUUUUUGUGACACAAAAAGGAAAUAUUGUAGGAGGUAGUACAAACAAUGUACUGAAUGCAUUGGCUGCAUAUCUGAGAUAUUUGGAGGGAACAGCUCGUGAUGACUGGCAGGAGGUACAUGAAAAAGUGCGUGCUUCUGAAAGUCGGAAUGGAGCAUCAUUUAUUGGACUUUUUGGCCCUGCCCUAUCUCUUGGCAUUAUAUCUAGAAGAAAAGUACAUUAUGAAGCUAUCAAAUAUGAGAAAGAACGAAAUGCAGGUUUCUUAUCACCCUUUGGAUAUUCAGCUGCCACAAUUGCAGCAGCAGUUGAUGCUGUGUGCUCAAUGGAGUGGUAUUGGCUUCUGGCUUUGAAAAAUCAGAAAAAUAAUCACGGAAUACACUCAACACGGAUAUGGAAAUGGAAAGGAUUUCUUAUCCAGUAUUCAGUUGCUGGUGAAGAUGGUCCUGCUAUUCUUCUUGUGCAUGGUUUUGGUGCCUUUUGGGAGCAUUACCGUGACAACAUACAUGGUUUAGCUGAAUCUGGAAAUCGAGUUUGGGCCAUUACUAUUUUAGGAUUUGGCAAAUCAGAAAAGCCAAAUGUUGUAUAUACUGAACUCUUGUGGGCUGAACUAUUGAGAGAUUUUAUUGUUGACAUUGUGGGUGAACCAGUUCACCUUGUUGGCAACUCAAUUGGCGGUUAUCUUGUUGCUAUUGUUGCUCGUGUUUGGAGUGAUUUGAUCAAAUCCAUUGUCUUGAUCAACAGUGCAGGCAAUGUCAUCCCAAGAUAUUCAUUCAUACCAUUGUCUACAAUUCAGGAUAGACAAACUUCAGGGGCUUCCUGGUUGGGUUCUCGCAUUCUUGUAUUCUACUUGAGGCUAAGAACUCAAGAAUUACUUAAGAAAUGUUAUCCAACUAGGGUUGAAAGAGCAGAUGAUUUUCUCAUAAGUGAGAUGCUAAGAGCAUCAUAUGAUCCUGGCGUGCUUGUGGUGUUGGAAAGCAUCUUCAGUUUUAAUCUUUCCAUACCUCUUAACUUUCUUCUUGAAGAUGUCAAGGAAAAGGUCCUAAUUAUACAGGGGAUGAAAGAUCCAAUUUCAGACUCCAAUUCGAAGGUGGCCAUGCUAAAAGAACAUUGUGAUGGAGUUAUGAUUAAGGAGUUAGAUGCUGGUCAUUGUCCACACGAUGAGGUGCCAGAACGAGUGAAUACUAUCAUUUGUGAGUGGAUACUUGGUGUGGAAAGUAACAACAUUUUGGCAGAGUGUGCAGUGUAAAUUUUAUUGGUAUGUAGCAACUGCCAACAUGGUAAUUGUCCAGCGCAUAUUAAUACACCAGUACUACGCGUUGUUGGCAGUUAAUUGGUAACUGGAUUCAGCACAAAGUUAAUCCAACAGCUGACAAGACUGCAAAGAAGACAUGUACAUGUUGCGCUGUAAAUUUGUAGAGUUAGCAUUCCUGCAUUUUGUUAUGUAAUCCUCCCAUUUAUUUAUUUAUUUUUGGUUCUGUUCCCUUUCUGUGUUAUUAGUAUGUUGUUAUAAUGGGUGUGAAUAUCCAGACUAACCAUGCAGUGUAAGUCUUCGCACACAAAGCCUAGACACUUAAACCUAUCCACAAAUUUUAUACUUUUA